AUGCGUUUGAACGUUGCCCCCCUUGUCCUCGCUCUUGCCUCCGCCGCUUAUGCAGUGCCCAUCACGAAUGAUAAUUCAGCUGUCACCCCUCCUGAAGCAACGGUAGUACCCCGCGGUACUGCCAUGUCCCAGAUAGGAGAAAUCGUGUACAACAACUUGCGUGUGGCAUCGGACCCUGGACUCGAAUCCUUUAUUCAAAAUGUCCGGGCCAUCCAACGAGUCCCAACAAGCUCCCAAGCAAAUACUGACGGUCCAGUCCGCUACCAGUUCUUUGUCCAUCCGCCAUCCUCCGAAUCCCAUGAUCCUUCUGUGAUGCAUAUAGCCCGAGCUGCUGUUCACCCAAUCCUCAAGCAAUGGGCAGGGACAAGAGGCAUCAUAGAAGAGGAAGGACAUCUCAUGUCAUCUCUAGAAAUGUUCGGUCUUCAGGUAAACUCUGCUGUUAGCAUUGGAGAUCCAGCCAGAGGAGUGACAUGCCCAUGUGAUGUGUGGGUUCGCGUCAAGCAAGUCGAAGGGCGUCGUCCUAUUACUUCGAUAUUCACUUCUCACGCUACCAAAAAGCAAGCUGCAUAUAUGGUAGAUUUCGAACAUUGA